UCUGCUGCGGGAAGAAGUUGUGCAACCAGUAAAACCACCGAGGAGUGAGUGGAGAAAUCCACAGACGUCACAUGAGAUUUCCCGGAACUCUGACACAUUUGUUUCUGAAAGUUGAUCCGCUGCACCGCCUGCGAGCUGCUGGAGCCUUAAACUUCACACUUUAAUGCCGAAUCUGAGGCUGGUGCUGAGUGUCAUUAUGAGAUGUUGUCUCCAAGCGCCUCCUUCGUGCAAAUCAAGUUUGAUGACAUCCACUUCUACGAGAACUGUGGCGGCGGCAGCUUUGGAAGUGUGUACCGAGCCAGGUGGAUCUCCAAGGACAAAGAGGUGGCAGUGAAAAAACUGCUCAAGAUUGAAAACGAGGCUGAAAUCCUCAGUGUCCUCAGCCACCGAAACAUCAUCCAGUUUUAUGGUGCGAUCGUUGAGGCUCCCAACUAUGGAAUAGUCACUGAGUAUGCAAGCAGGGGAUCGUUGUAUGAUUACCUGUCCAGUGAUGAGAGUGAGGAAAUGGACAUGGGACAGAUCAUGACAUGGGCUGCAGAGAUUGCCAGAGGAAUGCACUAUUUACAUUCAGAGGCCCCCAUUAAGGUGAUCCACAGAGACUUGAAGUCCAGGAAUGUUGUUUUGGCAGCAGACAAGGUUCUCAAGAUCUGUGAUUUUGGGGCGUCCAAGUUCCUGACCCACACGACACACAUGUCCUUGGUGGGCACGUUUCCCUGGAUGGCUCCAGAGGUGAUCCAGAGCCUGCCUGUGUCUGAGACUUGUGACACUUUCUCCUAUGGUGUGGUGCUUUGGGAAAUGCUAACCCGUGAGAUUCCCUUCAAAGGCCUUGAAGGUUUACAAGUGGCCUGGCUCGUAGUGGAGAAAAAUGAGAGGUUAACCAUCCCGAGUGGCUGUCCUGCCAGCUUUGCUGAGCUCAUGAGGAACUGCUGGGCAACAGAGCCAAAAGAAAGGCCAACGUUCAAGCAGAUCCUCUCUACUUUGGAGUCCAUGUCUAAUGACAGCCAACUUCCUCAACAGUGCAACUCUUUCCUUCACAACAAGGCUGAAUGGAGGUGUGAGAUUGAAGCCACACUUGAGAGACUUAAGAAGCUGGAGAGAGACCUGAGUACCAAAGAGCAGGAGCUGAAGGAACGAGAGCGGCGUCUAAAGAUGUGGGAGCGCAAACUCAUCGAACAGUCCAACAGCCCGUUGCUGCCCACCCUUGACAUCUAUACAUGGACAGAGGAGCAUGUGUAUUUCUGGAUGCAGCAAAUAUUUGGCGCAGGGGAGGGCCCAUGUGACAUGCAACGGUAUGCAGACCUGUUUAAAGAAAAUCACAUCACGGGAAAGAGGUUACUGCUGCUCACGGAAAACGACAUGCGGGACAUGGGGGUCAAGUCCAAAGGUCACGUCAUGCACCUUAAGAGUGAAAUUGAAAAGCUAACUAAUGAUUACCUCGGGUUCGUCCACUUCCCGCCUCUGUUGAAGGACGAGCUGGAACAGGAGGUGGAGAGAAGUAAAACUGUUAAUCUGGAGCUGGUGUUUGGGUACCACUGGAAACCAGGAACGGGCAAAUCUGAUUGCAAAUGGAAAAUGUACGUUGAACUUGAUGGAGAUGACGUUGCAGUAACCUACAUCAAAGAUGUCAUCUUUAAUGCCAACCGUCAGGAUGUGGAAAUCCUGCGAAUGACUAAGCCACCUUUUGUGAUGGACAAAUGGAUCGUUGGAAUACAGCAGGACCAGAGAGUCGACUACACGAUCAAUUAUGAGAAUGAUGUCAAGUCACCAAAGUGUACCAGACACAGCUGUCCAGUGUCGUGUAGUCUCGGUGGUGGACAGAACGAGAUCAAGACUGUGGAGUUAGUCAUCGAAACAACGCCAGUUAACAUCGACUGGAACCUCAGGGACAAGUGUAACUCGGAUAUUGAUCCCACGUGGAUGUACAACGUUAGGCAGAGGCAGAUGAUGACCCAGAAAUCCCUGCCUACGACUGCUGCUCUGACUGGCUUCACUAAAUCUGAUGCCCGCACUCUGCCUCAGUUCCUGUCUGCUCAUGAAAGCCAGGGGUUUUCUUAUGCUGCAGCUGUGCGUCGCUCUCCAAACCGCAGCCAUGUAGCUCCCUGGAUUGACUCGCGCAGCUCCUCGCCAACUGCCAGCCUGUCGGCCAAACUCUCCCCGCUCCAUCUUGGGUCAAAGGGCAGCAGCCCUUCCAGCACUACGUCAGAGAGCACCUCCGAGAGGGAACGAGAGCGCCCGCUCAGUGCUGGACCUGUGUAUGACCGCCGCAGAAACAACUACUUUGGCAACACAUUAACUGUGGGAGGGGGGCAGGGUAGGGGGUAUGCAUCGACCAAUACUAGAGGUAACAAUAUUAAUAAUAAAACCAGCAAAACCUCGCGACAGCCAUGGAGGCCACGGUCCAACAGUUACAGUGUCACACCACAGAACCGCCCCUCCAUGAUACCAGGUAUAUUGUCUGUGACAGAAAACCCCAGUGAGGAAAAAGAGGGGGCCAAAGCCAGCGACGGAGGGUGGAUCAAAGUGGAGCGACAGAAGAGAUUACCACGUCAGGACAAUAAACAAGUCAGAGGUCGACAGAGGAGAGGGGGCAGGGGAGGGCGUGGCGCUGGUGGAAGAACUUAAUGUGGGCCACACAUGGACUGACAGCUUCUUGUGUGUUGAACAUGUCGUGUGCUGAAAAGGUUUUACAUAUGAAUCAUGUCUGGUUACAGGCUCAAAAAUGAACUGCUAGUUGUUAGAGAUUCGCACUGAUGUAUAUACUACACAUGUGAACAUAAGCUAUUAUUUUUUUUAAACAGGCUCCUGUCAGGUAAACCAAAAUGAGCACACUCAGCAUGUAUUUAAUGUUAUUAUAAAAACCUUUUUUUGUUACUAUUAUUAUCUCAAAUUCCUCAAUAGAAGUUCACUUUUUUAAAAACUAUGUGUAUGUGGACUCAACUGUGGAUCACUUUUCAUUUCUUUGACACAAAACACAUUCAGUGACCAUAUCGAUUUUGUCACCCAAACCACAUAAACGUAACACAAAAUUACUUUAAUUAUCUACAUUCUGCUACAUCUACAUCUGAAAUAAAUAGAAAUGCUCCUAAUUAGGACAAACAACACUGUGUUUGUAUUCCUUAAUGACUUAAGGAUGACUUCUAUGAAAGACCGGUGUGGAAAGUGAGGCAGAAACCAAAACAUUUUGUAAUUGUAGGCAACAAUAUGGCUUUCCACCGGUCUCUUCCAGUCAUGGGGUCACUUGUCCUUCCACCUUACUCUCCAUCCUUCAACCCCAUACAGAGGAAUUAGUGUCCUCAUGAGAAGUUGAAGAGUUUAUGACCACCAACCACAUAGACACAUGUCUUGGAUGCAAUAAACACUGAAUGUUUGCAGAAGAUUGUCAGGGAUCAGACGUGCAAGAUUACUUCCCAGGUGUAUUACAGGAAAGGACGUAAGGUUGUGAUAUGAAAUGCAGAAGACUGGGUUGACUAGCAUUGUUGUUUUCUAUAUCUGUAGCUAUCCUAUACAUGUAAGUAUAGGAACAAUGUAUAGUUUUGUAUUUGCAAUUACUCUGAGCAAAUAUGUAAAAAAAAAUCAAGCAUAUUGAAGAAAAUUAUAGGAUUUCUGAUUGAUUUCUGUAACAUAAACUGUGAUGUAACACAAUCAAUUUAAUAAAGAAGUGAUCUUUUGGUUGUACUCUUGGUUUAUAAUAAAUAAAUAAAUAAAUCAAACAUGCUUCAAAAACAA